AUGAGCGAGAUUGAAACUGUUGAAGAGAUCAUUAUCACAGAAUGUUCAUCAAGUACUUUAUCAGAUAUAAAGAACAGCAUCUUGCAGAAGCUUGAGUUAUUUGGGAGCAAGUGGGUGAAGAAGCUAUUCUAUAAGAUUCCCAUCGCAGUUGUCUCGACUGGUGUUAAGUAUGAUACGUUUGUGCUAGCGGCUGAUGAAGAUAUUAGGGUUCUGUUUCAUUGUGUUAGGAGUUUUUCGGAGGUCAGAAUACACGAGCUGUAUGCGAAGUUGGAGGUUGGUGUCGAUAGUUCUGGGGCAUCAGCUCCAGUUCAUAGCUCGACUGCCGUAGGCGGUGCGUCUAGUUCGAUGCCUGCGGCCGGACCAUCUGUUCCGCAGGUCGCAUCCCCUUUCUUCGCAGCUGAUUUAGAUCGAACGGAGGCAGUUGGUUCUGUACCGUUGGAGAAUCCUGGGGUCUGGCAGCAUGCAUUUGAGGCGGAUACCGGUAGUGGCAUGAUUCAUGAUGUUCAAGGUUUCGGGGAACCUGAUCGAGUAAAGAAUGCAAUGCGGGACGAUGACUCUGACCAGGAGCCUGUAGAUAUCAUUGGGGACAGCGAUGAUGACACAGGUGCCAAUCCACAUGCACAGCACGAGCCUUCAAGUUUUGGCACACAGCAGUACCCUCCACACUUCUCCACUCUGAACUUGGAGGCUCUGGGUCAACAGGCGGACGGAGGUGCUACAAUUGGGGGUUCUUCUACAGAAUUUCAGAUUGGCAUCCAUCAAGGUGUUGAGUACAGAGUCUUGGAAUCGGAUCAUCUGAAGUAUCAUGGAAAAUGCAAGGAGUUCGGCAAGGGUUGUAGUUGGUUGAUUCGCAUAUCGCUUCAUGCACGAAAGGGCACUUGGGAGGACGAUGCUGCGGUUACGGUAAAGGUCUUGCAACAAGCAACAGAAGCUGAUUAUGGGUUCAGGCCUACUUACAGGAAGGUUUGGAUGGCAAAACAGAAAGCAGUAGCACAAAUAUAUGGAGAUUGGGAAGAGUCGUAUGCCGAGUUGCCACGUUGGAUGCUAGGGGUACAGUCGACCAUGGCUGGGACAGUCACUGUGUUGAAGACCUCUCCUGUUCGACUUGGGGAUCAGGUCGAUGAGUCAACGGUGUACUUUCAUCGUCUUUUCUGGACAUUUUCACCCUGCAUAGAGGCCUUCCGGCAUUGCAAGCCCCUCGUGAAUAUUGACGACACCCACUUGUAUGGCAAGUAUGGAGGCACGUUACUGUUGGUGAUAGCGCAGGAUGGGAACUCGAACAUCCUCCCGAUAGCCUUCACCCUUGUAGAGGGAGAAAAUGCGGAAUCAUGGUUAUUCUUCUUGUCCAACCUACAAUCGCAUGUGACGCCACAGGAGGGUAUCCUUGUUAUCUCUGACAGGCAUAAUGGCAUCAAGGCUGCACUUGAGGCUUGA